AUGGCGGAAUAUAUCUUCACUUUGUGGCAAAACUUUCGCGCCUUCUUGCCAGGGUCUUGUGGAGACAAAUCUGAACUAGACCACUUUGCUAAACAUGGCCACAACAAGGCUGACACGGAAAUGUCGUCUUUUCGACACACUGGAGAAACGCCAACAACAGAUCAGAAAAUAGCCGGGACUGAGGAUUACGAUUUGCCCAAUGGACCAGCAGUUACUAAUGAAUUUGAAAGUGAAUUUGGAGGGAAAGGUGCAGAGAUUGACGAAUGGCAGGCUGGCUGGAAUGUCACCAAUGCUAUCCAGGGGAUGUUCAUCGUAAGUUUGCCUUAUUCCGUACUCUACGGAGGAUAUUGGGCAGUCUUUUCUUUGGCAUUCGUGGCGUACAUCUGCUGUCACACCGGAAAAAUAUUAGUUGCUUGCCUUUACGAACUCAACGACAAAGGAGAAUUUGUAAGAGUCCGAGAUAGUUACGUCGAUGUCGCCAAAAGUUGCAUAGGUGAUAAAUAUGGCGGGAAGAUGGUAAACGUAGCUCAAAUAAUAGAACUGCUGAUGACGUGCAUCCUCUAUAUCGUGCUUUGUGGUGAUCUCAUGAUCGGAUCGUUUCCGGAAGGUCCGAUCGAUCAACGAUCGUGGAUGAUGAUAUCCGCUAUGUUUCUGCUUCCGUGCGCUUUUCUGAAAAAGCUAACAGCUGUAUCGUGGCUGAGUUUCUGGUGUACGAUGGCCCACGUUCUUAUAAAUGUCAUCAUCCUAGGCUAUUGUUUAAUAAAAGCUCCAGAGUGGCAGUGGUCGAAAGUGCAAUUCAAGAUUGAUACUUCGAUGUUUCCCGUGACCCUGGGCAUUGUUGUUUUCAGUUACACUUCCCAAAUUUUCUUGCCAAGCUUAGAAGGCAGCAUGAAAGACAAAAGCAAGUUCCACUGCAUGCUGAACUGGAGCCACAUCUCAGCUGCAGUGUUUAAGGCCGGUUUUGCUUGGUUGGCGUUUUUGACCUGGGCUGAAGAAACGCAAGAAGUCAUCACCAAUAACUUGCCGACCAAAGGAUUCAAGGUAGUCGUCAAUUUGAUUCUCGUUCUAAAAGCUCUACUCUCGUAUCCGCUUCCUUAUUUUGCUGCAGCCAAUUUGCUGGAACAAGCCCUUUUCCAAGGUCAACCAAAAACAAGAUUUCCGUCUUUCCUAGCCCAAGACGGAGAGCUGCGAAUAUGGGCUGUGGCUUUGCGAGUACUUCUAGUAAUUUUUACUGUACUCUUGGCCAUCACUAUCCCACAUUUCGCUCUGCUUAUGGGACUUAUUGGCAGUUUUACAGGCACCAUGCUGUCCUUCGUAUGGCCUUGUUAUUUUCAUAUGACCUUGAAGCGUAACGACAUGACGCGUGUUGAUGUAGCGUGGGAAACGUUUAUUAUAUUUAUUGGAGUUUUUUGUGGUAUCAUAGGAAUAUAUUCUUCUGCAAAAGCAUUAGUUGCUGCAUAUCAUAUUCCAUUGCCAUAUCCUCAAAUACGACCGACUUGA